GAGGACACGAUGGACGCCAAGGCCGACCCCAGCUUCCAGGGCAUCUCGUCCAAGAACCGCUCGACCGAGUCGUGGCCAUGGGUCGAGAAGUACCGGCCGUCGUCCUUGAACGACCUCAUCGCCCACGCUGACAUCGUCGCGACGCUCAACCGGCUCAUCGACUCGCAGAAGAUGCCCCAUCUGCUCUUCUACGGGCCGCCGGGCACGGGCAAGACGUCGAUGAUGCUUGCCGCCGCCCGCCGCCUCUAUGGCAACAACUACCAGUCGAUGGUGCUCGAGCUCAACGCAUCCGACGACCGUGGCAUCAAUGUCGUGCGCGAUCAGAUCAAAGAGUUCGCCGGCACGAAGAAGCUCUUCUCUGAUGGCAUCAAGCUCAUCAUCCUCGAUGAAGCCGAUGCCAUGACCAACGAUGCGCAGUUUGCGCUGCGUCGCGUCAUUGAAAAGUACACCAAAAACGCCCGCUUCUGCCUCAUCUGCAACUACGUGAGCAAGAUCAUCCCCGCGCUGCAGUCUCGCUGCACGCGCUUCCGCUUCUCGCCGCUCGAGGAACACCAAGUCCGUGACCGCGUCGAGCACAUUGCCAAGCUCGAAAAUGUGGCGAUGACCGCCGACGGAUUCCAAGCCGUGCUGCGCCUUGGCGGUGGCGACAUGCGGCGCAUCCUCAACAUCCUCCAGGCCACGUCCAUGGCCCACGACGAAGUGAACGAAUCAAACGUGUAUCUCUGCACGGGCAACCCGCUCCCCGCCGACAUGACAGCGCUCUGCAACUGGCUAUGGACUGCGCCGUUUGAGGAGAGCGUGCAGCAGUGCAUGGCGAUGCAGCUCCAGAAAGGGUAUGCAACCACGGACAUUCUGCAGCACGUCUAUCAGAACACGAACGAGCUCGAGCUGCCGCCGGCCGCGCGCAUGUACGUCUACGACCAGCUCGCGCACCUCGAACACCGACUCUGUUCUGGGACGUCCGAGACGCUGCAGCUCAUUUCGCUUGUCGCCAUCUUUGUGCGUGCGCGGGAGCUCAUCUCGGCCGCGUAACAAGGCGUACUACUCGUUAUCUACUCAAGCAUGUGCUCUCAUCUGC